AUGAAAGAUGGAGUAGGAGAACCUGGAGCGUGGGCGGCAAAUGAUUCACUGAUGCCAAAUUUCUAUGAGGAAGAGAUUGUCAGUUGGAAGAGAGAGCAAGUCACUACUACAGAGUACAGAGCAAAAAGAGUUGCCAAACUCAGAGAUCAAACACAAGCUAAGAGACUGAAGUCCUCUCUUAGAGAGAUGCUGCUCCUAUCACUGGCAUUGCUUAUAGUUCGCUUCCUAGCUGGUGACACUUGGGACGACACCCAGGAUUCAACCACUUUACAUGUCAACCAAAUCACAUCCUUCAUCAACAGUAACUGGGCACAAAAUGAAGGCUCAGGCUGGUUGGGUGAUUUGCAAUUUCACUGGUGGGACAAUGCCUCAGGAACUUUCAUAUUGCUGACUCCCUGGUCUCAGGGCAAUCUUAGUAAUGAAGAGAUAUCCAAGCUGGAGGAGAUAUUCCAAAUCUACUUCUUUGGAUUCAUCUCCGAAGUGGAAGAACUUGCAAGGGAAUUUCAGAUAGAAUACCCCUUUGAGAUCCAGGGCAUCGCAGGCUGUGAGCUGAAUUCUGGAGGAAGCAUUGAUUUAUUCCUGAGGGUAGCUUUAGAGGGACUGGAUUUCCUGAGUAUUAAGAAUUUGACAUGUUGGCCUGCCCCAGAAGGUGGCAUCAGGGCUCAGAAAUUCUGUUCAUUAAUAUUACAGUACAAAGGAAUCUGUGAUAUUGUGGAAAAUCUCCUCACAAUAACAUGUGUCAGGUAUCUGUUUGGUGUCCUAGAGUCAGGGAAGCCAGAAAUACAGAAGCAAGUGAAACCUGAGGCCUUGUCCCAAGGACUCAGCCCUGGGCCUGGUCUUCUGCAGCUGGUGUGCCAUGUGUCUGGCUUCUAUCCGAAGCCUGUGUGGGUGAUGUGGAUGCGGGGUGAGCAGGAGCUACCUGAAACUCAAAAAGGAGACGUCCUGCCCAAUGCUGAUGAAACAUGGUAUCUCCAAGUGACCCUGGAUGUGGCAGCUGAGGAAGCUGCUGGGCUGUCUUGCCGAGUGAAACACAGCAGUCUAGAAGGACAGGACAUCAUCCUCCACUGGGGACACUCCAUCUCCAUUGGCUGGAUCAUUUUGGCAGUACUAGUACCUUGUUUGAUUAUUUUGGUCUUAUUUGUAUUAUGGUUUUAUAGGCGCUGGUAAGUUUUUAUUUUUUUAAAUACUUUUUUCCAUACAGUUUGCUAUCUUUUCUGCCUUUUACCUAAUAACAGGACAUUUGUCUUCAUCUUUCCCCAGGUGUUCACCUGUUAACUUUAAUCCCUUGUGUAAAGCAAACUCAUAAAUUCUCUUUAAAAUACAAAGAGUUAAAAUUUUUGCCAAUUGUUUCUGUUAAGUACAUUCAUACAUUUUUGGAACCAUUACCAUCUUCCAUCUCCAGUACUUUCCUUUUGCAAAGCAGACCCCACUUUCUCGUUUAACAACUCCUCAUUUUUUGUGCCUGAUAACAAUCAUUCUACUUAUCACCUCUGUGAGUUUUACUGUUCCAGGUGGCUCAAAUUGGAGGAUCACACCACAUUUUUGUUUUCUUGUGUGGUAUCUUUCACAUAGCCUUGUGUUCUCAUUUCAUACAUUUUCUAGCCUAUGUGAGAAUUUCCCUUCUACCUAUAAUUGUCCAUUGCAUGGACAUACACCAUCUUUCAUGUAUCCAUUAUUCAUUUUUGGACACUUUGGCUGAUUCUAUUGCAUAAUGUUUCUCUGAAUGUAUAUUUAUCAAUACCUUUUAUUUUGAGAUAUUUAUUCAUAUAUUUUUGGUUUUAUAUUUUUACAGGUCAUAUGAGGAUAUCUUGUGAUCUCUCACUGUCUCAUUUUUGUGAGUUUGCAUUAGUUCCAGGAUGUCUAGAAUUUUGGAUCAUGAAUCCAGGAGUCAAUGCUCUUACAGCAUUGUGCAUAUCCACUGUUUUUGAUCAUGUCAAAGACUGAAUUUGUUGUACACUGACUCACAAUGUAUGUUAACAAAAGAAACACAUGUUAUUAUAUUUUGAGAUUUUUAUAAAUAAAAAACAUGUGCCCAGGUUUUAUCCCUUAUCAGGAUAUGUGUUUGGUAUUUUUC